AUGGCUGAGGAUCUAGACGGAGGGGAGUUUGAGGCUGUGCUCGCGGCUUCCUUGGGGCGGAUGGGAAGGAGAGUUUUGCAUCUCGACGCUCUACCCUUCUACGGUGAAACCUCAUCGACUCACGACCUGGAUCAGCUGGAGGAGUGUCUUGAACAGCUCUCGUCGGGAGGUCAAGGAGGGGCGUACGGCCUUCAUUUCGACGAGGACAAGAUUGCACGAUCAAUCAAGGUGGCGGCAUGGGAGGCAACGGAAUGCGACAAGAUGGGGCGUCCGGUGAUCGAAGACGGCUGCUCACGAGGUCGACCAGACCGUCUGACAGCGAUGCCGUCAAACAGAAGGCCAAUCAUGUAUGCGAACGUGAGAGUUGAAGCUCGAGAGGAGCCGAAGCAAGGCGAAGCCAAGAAGCAUUUCAACAUUGAUCUCUCCCCGCGACUGAACUUGAGCAGCGGUCGCAUGAUCUCUUCGCUUGUCCAAUCAGGUGUGGGACGGUACCUCGAGUUUGUCCCUCUCAAGUGGACGAGUUUCUUGGACGGUUCUAGCCCUGCACCAUGCUUGUGCAAGAUCCCAAUGAGCAAAGCAGAGAUUUUCCAGUCGAAGAUCAUCACGCCGAUGGAGAAACGCCUCCUGAUGAAGUUCUUGCAGCAGUCGGUGGUUCUGGGUGGCGUGUCAGAAGCAGCAGCAGGCGGUUGGGCCAUCGAGGGGAUCGGAGAGAGCGAGAGGGAGCAACUUGGCUUCCAACGUGCCGUCGGCCACGUGGGAAAUGCAAAACAUGCAGAAGAAGAAGCGAGGCUAACGGAGAAGCUCAAGGAUUUCAUCGCUCUUGGAAUUUGCUUCUCAUCUCGUGACCUGCCGCUCCCAAAGGCUGUCGAGAGAGUCACAACCUACACACGGAGUUUGGGAAGAUACGCGGACAGCGCUUUCCUCUGCUGCCUGUACGGAGCUUCGGAGCUCCCGCAAGGCUUCUGUCGUAUGUCUGCGGUCUACGGAGGGACGUACGUGCUUCGGAAAGGACCUUCUCAGUUCCUCUUCAAGGACGACGGCAGUGCUGGCGGGAUCAUCUGCAACGAUGGGAAAAUCUUCCGAGCUCCUCUGAUCUUUUGCUCGCCCUUCUACUGUCCCAAAGAGCUGCUAACGUCGCCAAACUCACUAGGAAACGAUAUGGUAGAGGAGCGCGUGGUGAGCAGGUGCAUUUGUAUCAGCGAGAGGGCCAUUGGGGAUGACGGAUCUUCGCUUCUUGUUCUCCCUCCUCGUUCUUGCGACAACUCUGUGCCUAUCCGGGUCUUGCAACUCGAUUGGAGCACUCAGAGCGCUCCUCGAGGUCUCUACCUUUGGCUCCUUUGGGCCUCCGAGCUCGGUUCGUUUGACCUCAGCUCGGCCGUAACGCUUCUCGAGAGCAUGACAGGCAGCUCGUGCGUUAAGCGAGUCAUCUACUACCAUCAGUUACGGCAGGGAUUCUGGGUCACCCCCAACCUUAGUCCAGCAGUUGACAGCGGUGAAGCCAUUGAGGUGGCCGAGGCAAUCUUCAGACAAAUCGUCGGUUCAGAACAUGUCUUCCUCGACGCCAUGCAAGAGCCGGAGAGCGGGAUAGACGAGGAGUAUCACAAGAUUCUUGAAUGA